AUGGCCAUCCCAAGCAUCAGCCACGAGUCUGCAGCUCCAGCAGCCCCCGGCGACAAACUAGAAAUCGAGGAGUCAAAAGUGGACGCGACGUCAGCAACCGUCGAUGGCGACGUGGAGAUCCAGGCCGCAGAUGGGCAAGACAAGACCUACUACAGCAAACUGUCUGUCUGGCUCAUGGUGCUCUUUUCUGGCCUUGCAAUUGGAUCUGACGGAUACAAUGCCGCUGUUAUCGGCAACGUCGAGCUUCUACUAGCUGUUUUGUACCCAGAGGCCCUUACCGAUUCUAUAUACGAUCGCCUCAGCAACGCCUUCCUCAUUGGUAUGAUACUUGGGAUGAUUUCGUUUGGUGUGGUCGUCGAUCAGCUCGGUCGCAAGACAGGUGCCGUUGCCACGACGACCUUCCUAGUGCUUGGGAUCGUGCUGUCCGCUGCUGCAAGUGGAAAUUCGCCUACGGGAAUGUUCUGGAUGCUUAUCAUUGCGCGUGGGAUUGCGGGCGUAGGCGCCGGUGGCGAGUAUCCUGUUUCCGGUGCUGGUGCUGCUGAAGCAACAGACGAGAGUCACCAAUACCGUAAGCACCGUGGCUUCAUGUUCGCUAUGCUAGCCGAUCUAUCUAGCUCGCUAGGCUAUGUCUGGGGAGGCCUUGUUCCCCUCCUCCUGCUCCUCUGCGUUGGCCAAGAUGUUGAAAAAUAUGACAUCGUCUGGCGAACCUCGUUCGCGCUUGGCCUUGUUCCACCGUUGGUGAUCUUCUGGUUCCGUUUAAAGAUGGCCGUCUCGACUGCUUAUCGCAAAUCUGCCCUCCGCAAGCAGCGCACCCCAUACCUUCUUGCGGUCAAGAGAUACUACCGGCCACUUAUCGGCUGUGCAACAACUUGGUUCCUUUAUAAUUGGAUCUCGAUUCCGUUUGGAAUCUUCAGCUCUACAAUCAUAUCGCGAGUCAAUGUUGGUGACAGCCUGGUCAAGAACUUUGGCUGGGGUACAGUUAUCAACUGCUUCUAUAUACCAGGCCCAUUCCUCGGUGGAUAUCUCUCUGACAAGAUCGGUCGGCGGAAGACUAUGGCUCUCGGAUUUGGCAUGCAGGCGAUUUUGGGGUUUAUCCUUGGUGGAGCGAUCUACCCGAUCCAAAACAUCUUUCCGCUGUUUGUUGUCCUCUACGGAAUCUUCCUCACCCUCGGCGAAGUUGGUCCCGGCAGCACUGUGGUUCUCACGGCGUCAGAGUGCUUCCCAACUUCAAUUCGCGGACAGAUGAUGGGUUUUGUAGCAGCUUGGUCGAAAGCUGGCGCUGCGAUAGGCACUCAAGUGUUUACUGCCAUUCUCAACGCAUACUCUACCGAUCCCUCAAAAGGUGAUCAAGUCGCAUUCCUUAUCGGGUCGGCGUUUGCAGUAAUCGGCGCUCUGGUGGCACUGUUCGUAAUUCCAGAUGUGUCAAGGAAACUGGAAGAUGACGAUAACGAUUGGAAGGCCUAUCUUGCCGAAAACGGAUGGAAGGGAAGCUGGGGUGACGAGACCACCAAAGAUCCCUCCGGCGUCAUACUUGAUCAAAGGGGAUCAUAG